CGAGCCGAGAGGGGGGAGCUGCGGGAGCUGAGCGCAGAGCAGAGCUGAGCUGAGCACAGCACAGCACAGCACGGAGAGGCGAGGCACAGCGGAGCGGGGCAAGGCAGGCACGGCACGGUAGAGCAGGGCACGGCGGAGCGAAGCUGAGCAGCGCAGCCCAGCCCAACACAGCGCAGCCCAACACAGCGCAGCCCAACACAGCGCAGCCCAGCCCGGCGCAGCCCAGCCCGGCGCAGCCCAGCCCGGCGCAGCCCAGCGCAGCCCAGCCGGCGGCCGCGACGCCUGCGAGGGCGAGGGCGAGGACGAGCCGCGCGCACGGCAGCCUGCCUCCCUCCGCCCGGCCCCCCUCCUCCCUUCUCUUUUUUACCUCCUCCUCCUCCUCCUCCUCCUCUUCCUCCUCCUCCGCCGCCGCCGCCUCCUCUAGCGGCUGUGCAAACAACUUCUCGGAGCCCAAAGGUCAGGGCCCGCCGCCCGGGAGCCGAAACUCUCCAGCUCCCGCCGCCGCCGCCGCCGAGGGGGCGCUUGGGCAUCUCGGAGCGACGCUCUCUGGCCGUCCGGCCGCCGGCCCGUGCGCCCCCGCCCUCCCCGCGCUCUGCUCGGACGGGCCGCCCGUGCCGUGCUCCCCGUGCCCCUUCUCGCGCUCCGCUCUGCCCCCAGAUCCCCAGCCAUGGCCCGGCUGCCCCUCCCGUCGCUCCUGUGCACGCUGGCUGCCCUCAGCCUCAGCCUCCUGGCCGCCGAGCUCAAGUCGAAAAGUUGCCUGGAAGUGCUUCAGGUCUACGUCUCCAAGGGCUUCAACAAAAACGAUGCGCCCAGUAACGAGAUCAACGGCGAUCAUCUGAAAAUCUGUGCUCAAGGUUAUACAUGCUGCUCUCAAGAAAUGGAGGAGAAGUACCGCCAGCAGAGUAAAGAGGAUUUCCGAAGUGCCGUCGGGGAGCAUUGCAAUGCUCUGCAGAACAUGUUUGCUUCCCGAUAUAAAAAAUUUGAUGAAUUCUUCAAAGAGCUACUUGAAAAUGCCGAGAAAUCCUUGAAUGACAUGUUUGUGCGGACCUACGGUCGUUUAUACAUGCAAAAUUCUGAGCUCUUUAAAGAUCUCUUUGUGGAAUUGAAGCGGUACUACGUGGUAGGCAAUGUGAACUUGGAAGAAAUGCUCAAUGACUUCUGGGCCCGCCUUCUGGAGCGAAUGUUUCGCCUCGUGAAUCCCCAACACCAUUUUACAGAUGAGUACUUGGAAUGUGUGAGCAAGUACACAGAACAGCUGAAACCCUUUGGUGAUGUGCCACGAAAACUCAAGUUACAGGUGACUCGGGCCUUUGUCGCCGCCCGGACAUUUGCCCAAGGUCUGGCUGUUGCAAGAGACGUCAUCAACAAAGUGUCUGUGGUCAAUCCCACACCUUCCUGUUCACAUGCCCUCCUGAAAAUGACCUACUGUUCCCACUGCCGAGGCUUGGUGACCGUGAAACCGUGUUCUAACUACUGUUCCAACGUCAUGAGAGGCUGUUUGGCCAACCAAGGAGAUCUGGAUUCGGAGUGGAACAACUUCAUAGAUGCUAUGUUGAUGGUAGCCGAGAGACUCGAGGGGCCCUUUAACAUAGAGUCGGUCAUGGAUCCCAUUGAUGUGAAGAUUUCCGAUGCAAUCAUGAACAUGCAGGAAAAUAGCGUGCAGGUGUCUCAGAAGGUUUUCCAAGGUUGUGGACUCCCCAAGGCCCUCCCAGCAGGCCGAGCCUCUCGUUCUGUUCCUGAAAGUGGCUUCAGUGCUCGCUUCCGGCCAUAUAAUCCAGAGGAACGACCAACCACAGCUGCCGGCACAAGCUUGGAUAGACUGGUUACAGAUGUCAAGGAGAAGUUAAAGCAGGCCAAGAAGUUCUGGUCCUCCCUCCCGAGUACCAUGUGUAAUGAUGAGAAGAUGGCACCCGAGCAUAUCAGUGAGGAUGAGUGCUGGAAUGGAAGUGCGAAGAGCAGGUAUCUCUUAGCAGUGACUGGAAACGGAUUAGCCAAUCAGGGAAAUAAUCCUGAGGUUGAAGUCGACAUAACCAAGCCAGACAUGGUGAUCCGCCGCCAGAUCAUGUCUCUCCAGAUAAUGACCAGCAAAAUGAAGAAUGCCUACAAUGGGAAUGACGUGGACUUCAUUGAUAUCAGUGAUGAAAGCAGUGGUGAAGGCAGUGGUAGUGGCUGUGAAUAUCAGCAUUGCCCUUCAGAGUUCGAGUUCAACGUGACUGACAGUGUGGGGAAAACGGUGGUUCAUGGUAAAAAUGCAGCCGAAAACUCGGCUGCCAGCACCAUUUGCUGGUCAUAUGCUGCCCAGGGCCUUUGCCUCUUGUUCUUGGCUAUGCAAAGACAAUGGAGAUAAUUCAACCACUUUGAACAACAGACUUUCACUACCCAUGCUAAAAGGCACGCCAGUUUUCACUUUCUAUGCCAUCCUAGUGACUUGGCUUUUUAAAUUAAUGGACAACCGUGUACAGUUUUUACUUUUUUUUUGGCCAUUGGUUUAAUUAAAAUGGCAACCUGGUUUUUUCAUUCACUGUUUUGGGACGGUGAAAGGAGGACUUAGACUCAGAGUCGGUCCUGCCCACCCAAGAAGCAUUGUUCAACGUGGCUGACAAAGUGUAUAUACCAAGCUGUAGCUAGCUGUGCGUUUGUUUGAAUCACUCUAUUGGUUUUUUGUUUUGUUUGUGGGGUCGUUUGCUUCUUUUUUCUUCCCUUUCUUUCCAUAUAAGAUCUCACUGUGUUUCCUAAAAGAAAACCAGGGUCCCCUCUUGGCAUGAGACAAGCCUGCCUUUCGGAAAGCUGCAUUUGCAGUACAGGGACAGGUUUUACUUAGCAUAUUCAGAAUGAAAUGAAACAAAACAAAAAAACCCACCCGGCCAGCAGAAAGACGUUUUACACAGCAACAUUUCCAUUUAGCCACAUUAUGGUAGUUGCUUUAUCUGGAGAGAAGUGGAAGGUAAUUUGUUUUCUAUUAUACAGUAGAGCCAAAUGUGAAGGCAUAAUUGGCUAGGGAGCCAUAUGCCCGAUUGUAUAAAGCAUUAAUGCCAGGAGCAGGUUAUAUAGACUUCAUUUAUAGCUGGUUAUUGGAAGAGGCUGCUGAGUCCCAGUUUUGCAUAAGCUAAGAUCUGUGGGCCAGUCCCUGAAAUCUCUUGUAAUUCAAGUGAAACUCACUGAAGUUUUCCCAUUCAAUCUCAAUGUAAUUCAACAAGCAUUUACUAAGCACCUAGUGUGUGCCAGAUGCCAUGCCAGACACUGGGGAUACCAGGCAAAAGUGAACCAGCCCCUGCCCUUAAGGAGUUUAUGGUCGAUUGGAGGGUUUGGGAGGAGGUAACCGCACAGAUAAGUAAAUGAAAUCAUUUUCCAGAUGAGGGUGCUAGCCAAGUGGAAGGAUCAAGAUAGUUCUCAUCAUAGUUACGGAUAGUUCUCCCUUCAAACGCUCAAGGCAUUCAGUAUGUCCAGUGUGUCUAAACCUCAGAUUUUAUUUUCUUUUUUUGCAUCGACAUGGCCACGUGACAAAUGCAGUCACAUGGCCAUGUCAAACCCCUGCUGCCAGAUCAGGAGAGCAUGCACUUGAAAUCGUUGGUGCCAGAGUAGGGAGGGGCUUGCCACAGGCUCAUUCUGUCCCCAUCCCCCGCUAGACCAGGAGCAUGCGUUUUAUAUAUGGCUAGCAGCGAUAAGGGGGAACUCUCUAAUCCAGGGUAGGACAAAGAAAUAAGACGAGGCUAUUUCUCUGAUCCAUAGCAAGAAUUGAGCCCACGACCUUGACCUUGAAGCAGCAUGGAUUGGGGGCACCAGCAGUCAUCAUUCGUUUGCAAAUGCUUAUAUGAAUUUCAUUGAGAGAUCUUCAUUCUCAGAGAUUGUAAGGUGGCUUAUUUGAGGGCUCCCCCCUCUACACUGCCCUGGCCCUCUGAUGAAUAAGCCAGUGGUACGAUACAGCAGCCAUGUUGCAGCCAACAAAUCUGAAACCAUUUUAGCAUGACCUUAGUGCCCAGUUCCAGAGAAUAGGUAGAGCCGAUAGACCACGCCUCACAGGUGAUCUGCAGUCCUUCGGGCAUCUUGGGAAAGGCUCCUCUUUCUCUUGGCCCAUCAGUAGAAUAAUCAUAGCUUUGGCUCCAGAGGAAUCCUUCUUAUCCCUAAAUCAGAGUGAAGGCCAAGCAGCAACUCAUAAGAAUCUGAAAGACGUAACAGAUCACCUUCAAAGUAGUUAGCAAGUCCACAAAAAGACUAAAAAUGAUCUGCAAGUCUCUUCCAGUUUUCAACACCCAUUAGGAACCUAACCAAUGAUACAGAAGCUAGAACCUAGAAGGAGGUUUGUUGGUCAUUGUGCAUACCUUCGGUCAUGUGAGAAUAAUUCUCUAUUUUUGUAUUGAAGCGUAAUUACUUGAUAGCUCAGGGUCAACAUUUCAUUCACCGUUUUACACUAAAUGUCUGCAAAAUGGGGAAAAUGGAAUAUUUGGGGCUGUUGUAAACAGAGGCUUAAUUUUAUUAGAUGUAGCCAGUUAUUUAUUAAAGCAUGAUGUUAAUAAAAUAGGCAUAUUCCAA